GAAGAAACGCCUUUCGGCCAUGUUAAAAGAGUUGACUUUGCAUACACAAAACAUAGAUCUGAGCAGAGUUGGGUAGCGAGAAAAAGACUCAUUUACGUGUUGUUGUGACAUUAAAAAACGUUUAGGGUCGUUGUAAGUACUCAUAACUAAAUACACACAACAAAUGCUUGGGAAUCUGCUGGUUUCGUGUACCUGAAAAAACAAUAUUAUUUUUACUGUUAUCACUAUUAUUGCGUGCAUAGCGUUUUGUGCAAGUCUAAAAAAACUCAUCUUCAGUCCUCCAAUGGCGGAAGCGUAGCUCCACUGCAGCGUGCUGAUGCGUCGAAGGAUCAGCCAAUUAGCUUCCACUUCUUAUCAAUGGAAGUUCUCUGUGUUACUGAUGAACACUUGAGUCAUGGAACGGUGACGGAGGGGAGCGGAGAUUAUCUGGAGGCUGAAGGGGUUGGCACAGACUUUUACGCUGCAGCCAUCCUUCCUGACACAACCCUCCCAGGGAUUUGCGUCUCCUACUGGAGGUGGCAGAAGGCACACCGACAAAUGAGGGUGAUUUAAGAGACAUGUAACAGACAGGUUUGCUGACAUCAGCUGGUUCUGUAAAUGGCUGGAGGGAUGGCAGUUACCAAGCAGGAGACACUUGAAGGAGGCAAAAGUGCAUCUGGAGUCCGGACCGAGCCUGAAGGAGGCUGGGGUUGGAUGAUUGUCGCUGGUUGUUUUCUCGCUACCAUCUGCACCCGAGCAGUAACCAGAUGUGUCUCCAUGUUCUUUGUUGAGUUUCAAAUGCACUUUGAGAAGGAUUACUCCAACACGGCCUGGAUCCACAGCCUGAUAGACUCCACCACUAUGCUUUGUGCUCCUCUGGGCAGCUUUCUUGGGAACCGUCUGUCCUGCAGAGCUACAGUGAUUCUCGGAGGCAUGCUGUCAUCUGCUGGUCUGAUUAUCAGCUCCUUCGCUAACAGCCUGGAGUAUCUUUAUAUGUCUCUGGGUGUCCUCACAGGUCUUGGCUUUGCUCUCAGCUACACACCAGCCAUAGCGAUGGUUGGGAAGUACUUCAGUGAGAGGAAAGCUCUGGCUUAUGGCAUCGCUCUGUCUGGCAGUGGCAUUGGGACCUUCCUCCUGGCUCCUGCAGUGCAGCUCCUUAUAGAGUAUUAUUCCUGGAGAGGAGCGCUGCUCAUUCUUGGAGCAUUUGUGUCCAACUUGUGUGUCUGUGGUGCCCUGAUGAGGCCGCUGGAACCAAGAGGAAGUCAAAGGACAUGGGAGAGCAAGCUGACAAAAUUUGGGAAAAACUGCAUGAAGACAGUGCUGGAUUUUAAAGUCCCUGAACAAAUAUCUGCUGAUUGUAUCCAAGUGGACCACAAGCAGCUGGAUGUAAAGAACUUAAAGGGUCCUCAGGGGCUCCUCAUACCGAACGGAACAUUGAAAAACUUUGGACUUGAAAAGGGCAAACUAGGUAACAUAGCAUUUCUUCCAACCCUGGAGCCAUCUGAUCGGAAGUUAAUAGAUCUGAAGAUAGGGAAAUGCUUUUUAUUUAGCAACUCACUAACAGACACAAUGCUAGGCAACAUUGAAUUUUCAGAUCUUAAGCUACCCAACACGACCGAGGACUUGAUAUUGGUGGAAAGCAUUAGCUUGAGCAAAAACUUGGCAGACAUGGAUGGAAAGAUAGAAGACUCAAAAUUUAAUGAAGCCAGACAAAAUGACAAUAAUCCUUUAGUAAACCCUUCAUCCAGAGCUCAGUGCUUUUGUUUCGAGUCCAGGGAGGAGUUUGGCUUCCUUUUGAUACCCAGCUUCCUGAUUUUGUCCAUGUCAUUCCUGUUUAUGGCGUAUGGUUGCAGCCCUCCAAUAGUUUACCUGGUUCCUUAUGCCCUCAGUUUGGGGGUGCAGCCUCAGCAUGCUGCUUUACUCAUGUCUGUAUUUGGAGUCUGUGGAAUUGUUGGCAAUAUCACAUUUGGAUGGAUCACAGAUAGGGGGUGUGUUAGGAGGUUUCGCAUGCUGAGCUACACGGUGGCGAUGGCCAUGGAAGGCCUCUGCUGUAUGUUCAUGCCUUUCCUUAGCUCCUUCUCCCUUCUCGUGCCUUUUUCCAUACUCUAUGGGUACUUUGAUGGUGCAUAUGUAGCACUAAUACCAGUGGUGACUUCUGACACUGUGGGCUCCACCUAUCUCACCUCAGCUUUGGGUGUGGUUUACUUCCUUCAUGCCAUCCCCUACCUGCUCAGCCCUCCCAUUGGAGGUUGGUUAGUUGAUCGGACUGGAAACUAUGCAGCAACUUUCUUCCUCAGUGGGGCUUCCUUUAUCUUCAGCUCUGCAGUCCUAGCAGCAGCCAUGUUAGUUAGACACUGCCAGAGGUCCAAGUUGAACUCAGCUGCACAUUUAAACCCCAGUCACACGGCCGCUGCAGCUCUGCAGAGCAUCCUAUGACAUGUCAACCUUGCUUCUUAUUCACUGUCUGCACAGGUGCCGCUGGUCUGUGGAUGUACUAAGAUAAUAAUAAUGUGUGACUGGGCUAAAGAUCAAGAAGCAAGUGGCCAGGAAGGAAAAAACAUAGAGUUUUAGUUAUUUCACAGUGACAUUUUCCUGUUUGUUUUCUUUUUUGUUGUUGUUUUGUUUUUUUAAUGACUGGAUAAAUAUUUUCUAUAGUAAUUAACAGUAUAGUCUACUAACUGUCUGAAGUAAUUUUGCUUUUUAAAAGAUGAUACUUGAGAAGUGCCUUCCAACAUAAUUUAAAAAUGAAAGUUCCUCAUGUCUCUUUAUUUCUGUUUUUAUAUUGAAGACCCGCUGAAUGUGAAAAUGUAAGCUAAUCCUAAGUGUUUUGUUUUUUUGUUUUUUUGUGUGAUUCUACAACUUCACCUCCAAAAAAUGUUGGCACGCUGUGAAAAAUGUGAAUAAAACAGGAUUGCAUUCA